AGUCUAUAGAUAUCAUAUUAUUAUGGCGAAUACUUUAAUUGUUUUGAUAAUUUGCGUCUUUGCGAGCGUUAGAAGCCAACAAAGUCGUCUUCUUGUUGAGGAGGAUUUGGCACUGCAGGUGCAGAAACUUACGGAGAGAUUAAACAAGCUAGAAGAUUGUGUUAAACAACGAGGAGUUGCAUUUACUGCUGCUUUAGGUGAUCAUCGUACAAAUCUCACACUCCACGAGAUUCUACGAUUUGACCAUGUUAUGACAAAUGAAGGCAAUAGCUUUAGUGGCGUUACCGGAACGUUUACUGCACCUUAUGCUGGCGUGUAUGUGUUCGACGUCACUAUUGGAGUCGGCGGAUCUGGUUCGACUGAUGUUUACAUUGUAAAAAAUGGCGUUUAUCUCCAAAGAGUUUAUGGACAUACUACUACGAAUUGGGAAACUGCUACUGCAAGCGUCACGGUUCAUCUGAAUGCUGAGGAUCAUGUUUUCAUAAAAAAUGCUAAUUACAAUCACGGUUUGAUUGGCCACGACCUUACGACCUUCAGUGGUUUUAUGGUGCAGCCAGAUUGUGCUCUAUAA